GUCUCUCUCUCCAUCCCCUCCCCCCGUGACAGAGCACACCUGCCUGAUCUUGGCUGCAGGCGUCCACACAGCGAUCAGCUCUCGGCCUGCCGUGCUGCUCAUCAGCUCCAGCCCUCUCUGGAUUUGUGUGUGUUCAUCUCUACGCUUGUUGUACUCGCAGGCCUUCACUAGCAACAUGAAAUCGGCCUGUCUUUCCCUGCUUCUGGUGUCUGUAUGCUGGGCUCUUCCCUUUCGUCAGUCCGGCUUCCUGGACUUCAUGAUGGAGGAUGAGCCGACAUCAGGAGAUGGUCCAGACUUGCCUGGGUCUCGCAAACCCAAAAUUCCCAAAAUUACAGAAGAGUCUGACAAGGAUCUGAUGCCUGAUGGACCUGAAGGACCUUUCUGCCCCUUCCGAUGCCAGUGCCACCUACGAGUGUCUCAGUGUUCGGAUCUAGGUUUGAAGGCUGUACCAGAAAAAAUUCCCGUGGAUACAACUUUGCUGGAUUUGCAGAACAAUAAGAUCACAGAGAUCAAGGAAAAUGACUUCAAAGGCCUGAAGGGUCUCCAAACGCUCAUCCUGGUAAACAAUAAGAUCACCAUUAUCCAUGCCAAGGCCUUUUCGUCUAUGGUCAACCUGGAAAGACUCUACCUGUCUAAGAAUCUUCUAAAGGAGGUUCCUUCUAACAUACCGAAAAGCCUCCAGGAGCUGCGUAUUCACGAGAACCAGAUUACAAAGAUUAAGAAGACCUCCUUUUCUGGCAUGGCCAAUGUUAUUGUAAUGGAGCUUGGUUCUAACCCUCUGAGUAGCAAUGGGGUUGACAACGGAGCCUUCACGGAUCUGAAGAGGGUGUCUUACAUCCGUAUUGCUGACACCAACAUUACCUCCAUUCCCAAAGGUCUGCCCAGCUCCUUGUUUGAACUUCACUUGGAUGGAAACAAGAUCACCAAAGUUACUGCUGAAAGUCUGAAGGGCCUCAAGCACCUGUCCAAGCUAGGAUUGAGUCAUAAUGAGAUCAGUGUGGUGGAAAAUGGCUCUCUGGCCAAUGUGCCUCAUUUGAGGGAACUUCAUCUAGACAGUAAUGCGCUUACUGCCAUCCCGUCAGGCCUGCCGGAACACAAAUACAUCCAGGUGAUCUAUCUUCAUGCCAACAAGAUUGCCGCCGUUGGAACGGAAGACUUCUGCCCUCCCGGCUAUAACACAAAGAAGGCCAUGUAUUCAGGCAUUAGCCUGUUUAGUAAUCCAGUGUCCUACUGGGAGAUCCAGCCCAUCACCUUCCGUUGCGUCUUCGACCGUUCAGCCAUCCAACUGGGCAACUACAGGAAGAAAUAGAGCGUCCAAUCAGAGGGCUCAAUCACUGUUUUCACCCCGCCUCUUCCUGUCUGAUCCUAAUCCUUUCAAGCACAUAACUUAGUCUGAAUGUCAGUUAACUCGCAAUAAACUCCGACUCCAUUUUCCACAUACUGGACAGAUAUCACAUGAUAUUGCAAUACUUUGGCUCACCUAGAAGCAGUGCUCAAAUAGCCAAAUGCAUAUACAUUUUGUCACUAUAUGAAAACGCAUAAUGUGUUCUUGAAUUGCAAUUUAUGCGGAGGGGAAAAAAGAAAGAUUCAUAAAGCCAUAACCACUUAGAAUAUCCACGAUCGCACGUUGCCCUUACACGCAUUAGUGUAUAUUGAAAUUAUCGUUUUGAAGGUCUGUUCUGGCUUCUUCUGGAUCUUCUGGACCUAAGCCAUGUUUCUAAAGCUGGCCUGCAGAGCGGGCAGCAAGGGGUUAACUAACAAAUACAGCCAAACAAAAGCUUGUAUACUAGAAUGUACUCAGUUAUAACUUUCUGUGUAGUGCUAGUGUUCAGAUGUUGUUUAAAUGUACUCGCAUAACAUCCGUCUCUCUCUUGUAGUCAUUUGAAAUUGGAGGAAGAUAGGAUGUUGAAAUGUUAGGCUGUAUUCAUGUUUCGACUCAAUUCAGAUGUUUUUGGUGACAUUUGUAUUCAUUGGUUUUCUUGGAUCCCGGCUGCCAUGUAACAUAGAGCUAACGCCUUGCCUAGGUGAACAAAGCUCUUUGAGAUGUAGAAUAAACUAUGUUGUCGUUUCGAUGAAAGUGAUUCCCAGAAAUGUAUAUGCAUGCUUUUCUAUGCAGCUUUCUCAAUGAUUGUGGUGUUACGUGGGCGCGUGUUUGUGCUAUUCGUUCUUGUCCCCUCGUUUUUUUGUUGAAUGUCUGUGUUUCAGUCUGGAAGGAAGACGGUGGACGCCUCCUUUGCUUUCAUGAGAGUCUGGAAUGUCUCUUGUAUAGACGCUGUACAUAAAUGCUGUAUAAAAGAAUCCUAUCAAUGCUUUGAAGCACAAGCACUUACAGUAGUUUGGACUUUAAUAUAUCGGCAAUAAAGAUAAUCCCUUUCUCUCUU